AUGUCUGACGCCGCCGACCCAAAGACCGACCCCACCACCACUGCCCCUCCAGAGACCGUGGCCGAGGAAAAGAAAGAAGAGACCACCACCACGACCGAGAAGACGGCCGAAGAUGCCUCCAAGACGGUCGAUGAUUUCGUUGUCGUAGAGGGUGACAAGCCUGCCGCCACCGAGGAGAGCAAACCCGCUACCACGGACUCGGUCUUUUCCAUGUUUGGCGGCGGUCCCCCCAAGGAAAAAAAGGAGCAGCCAGAAGACGAUGCCGAUGAGCCAUCUGGUUCCUCCAAGCAGAAAAAGGCCGAUGACGCCGAUGACGUCGAAGCCGAGCCAGACGUGCACUUUGAGCCCGUCAUCCACUUGACUGAGAAGGUCGAAAUCAAGACCAACGAAGAGCUCGAGGAGCAGACCUUUAAGAUGCGCGCCAAACUCUUCAGAUUCGAUCGGGAAACCAAGGAGUGGAAGGAGCGAGGAACCGGUGAUAUCAAGUUGUUGAAACACAAGGAGAACCACAAGACCCGACUGCUUAUGCGAAGAGAUAAGACCCUGAAGGUCUGCGCCAACCACUACGUUGUGCCUGAUAUGAAGCUGUCGCCAAACGUCGGUAGUGAUCGAAGUUGGGUGUGGAACGCCGCUGCGGAUGUCAGCGAGGGCGAGCCCGAGGCCCAAACCCUGGCUAUCCGCUUUGCCAACAGCGAGAACGCGAACCUUUUCAAGGAAGCCUUCGAAAAGGCCCAAGAAGAGAACGCUCUACUUUUCGGCAAAGACUAA